AUGGCAAAAAAGUCACCCACCUACAUCAAGAAAAGUAUUGCUGCACCAAAAUUUAUGGGAUGCAUUAAAUGCAUUGUGUAUCAAACAUGUAAGAAAAACUGUAAUGCAAUUACAAAGACUGACAAAAGACCUAGCCCAUGUCUGGUAGCUGUUAGUAAAACUAAACCACAUGAAAUGAUUAAAGAGGCUUAUCAACAUGGUCAGAGAGAUUUCGGUGAAAAUUACGUUCAAGAAUUGGUACAAAAAGCAACAUAUUUCAAGGACGCUGGAUAUGAAGAUAUCCGAUGGCAUUUUAUUGGUCACUUGCAAAGGAACAAAGUAAAUAAUUUAUUAGGAGCACCAAACCUGGAAGUUGUGCAAACAGUCGAUAGUAUAAAACUUGCUGACGCUUUAAAUAAAAGUUGGCAGAAGAAGAACAGUGAUAAAAUGUUAAAAGUAUUUGCACAACUCCUGGCAGUUUUCCAAUCUCAACAACAAAAUAAAAAAAAUUACAUUCACUAUUUAGGAGUCCCUAAAACAACUUUUUUCUCUCGCGCACACACUUACGGACAGACAGAUAUUAAUAUAAAAGAUGCGAGUACAAGGUACAAAUCAGGAUGUACUCCAACAGAAUGUACAGACCUUGUAAAACAUAUACAAAGUAAUUGUGACUGUUUAAGCUUGCAAGGCUUAAUGACUAUUGGUUCAUUUCGAGAAAUUACUGGUCCAAAUCCAGACUUCAUAUGCUUAGUUAACUGUCGCAAGAAGGUUUGUGAAGAUUUAAAACUGGAUGAAAAUGAUGUCCAAUUGAGCAUGGGAAUGUCGCAUGACUAUGAAAAAGCUAUUCUUGCUGGUAGUACAACUGUUCGUAUUGGAAGUACCAUAUUUGGUUCAAGAGAGAAGAAUAAAGACAGUAAAGACACAAUGCAAGCAGAUGCAGAUGUGUCAUCAAAAUAG